GGAUUCAGAAUUAUAGUUUUGGAAAAAUGAAACACUUUACAUAUAUGGCUUCUGUGCUUCUACAUCAUUUCUAUGCAUUGAUUCUUCUGUUAUUGCCAAUUUCCUGUGGUGCUCAAAGCUAUACAAAUGUAUCAUUGGGCUCAUCUCUCACAGCGUCUGAUGACUCUGCCUCGCCUUCCUGGGUGUCGCCUUCUGGUGAUUUUGCUCUUGGUUUUAGGAAAAUUGAGAAUCAGGGCUUCUUACUAGCCAUCUGGUUUAACAAAAUACCUGAGAGAACCAUUGUCUGGUCAGCCAACAGAGAUAAUUAUGUGCAAAGUGGAUCAAAGGUUGAACUUACUGCAAAUGGCAAUUUUGUUCUCAUUGAUUCUACCGGAAAGCAGACGCUAGUAGCCGAACCUGGUGCCACUGCAGUUGCCUAUGCAGCCAUGCUUGACACUGGAAACUUUAUUCUAGCGAGCAGAGAUUCAGCCACUUUGUGGGAGAGUUUUGAUAAUCCAACAGAUACAAUUCUUCCCACACAGAUAAUGAAUCUAGAAAUGAAACUCUAUGCUCCUAUUUCGGAUACAAAUUUUUCAACUGGGAGAUUUAUGCUCCACCUACAAAAUGAUGGAAAUCUCCAAUUACUCACCACAAGUUUCCCGCUUGAUACACCAAAUUUUGCUUAUUGGUCUACUUCUACUGCAGGCAGUGGCUUCCAGCUGAUCUUCAACCAGUCUGCCUUUAUAUAUGUUGUAGCCAAGAACCAAAGCAUUGUCAAUAUGGUUUCAUCAGAUGUAGCAUCAACACAAGACUUCUACCAGAGAGCAGCUGUCGACAGCGAUGGAAUUUUUAGGCGAUAUAUUUACCCAAAGAGCACAGCAGCAAGUGGUGGGAAGUGGCCUAUGCGUUGGUCCACUUUGUUUUAUACUCCAUCAAACAUAUGCCUGGCGAUUCGAGAAGAUACAGGCAGCGGCGCUUGUGGCCUCAAUAGUUACUGCAGUUUGGGAGAGGAUUCGGGAAAGAUCUGUCAGUGCCCUUAUGGUUACACCUUUGUGGAUCCAAAUGAUGUGAUGAAGGGAUGCCAGAAAAACUUUGCUCCACAGAGUUGUGAAAAAGCAUUGGAAGAAAUGGAUCUUUUUGAGUUAAGAGAAAUGCUUAAUACAGAUUGGCCGCUGAAUGAUUAUGAAUAUUAUCAAUCAGUGAGUGAGGACUGGUGUAGACAGGUUUGCUUGAGUGACUGUUUUUGUGAUGCUGCCAUUUUCAGAGAUGCAGAAUGCUGGAAGAAGAGACUUCCUCUGUCAAAUGGGAGGUUUGAUCUGAGCACUGGAGGGAAAGCCUUGAUUAAAGUAAGGACAGGUAACUCCACUUCAGAUCCGGCUUCAAAGAAAACAGAAAAUUCGACAUUGAUCUACGUUUUAUCAGGAAUAUUAGGCAGCUCAGCCUUUCUUAAUCUCCUCUUCCUGCUAGCAACCUGCAUUUUCUUUUACCGCUUGAAUCGAAGGCGGCCAGAAAAAGGCAUGCCAGUAGGAAAUCUGCGAAGCUUCACUUACAAAGAACUAGUGGAAGUUACAGGGGGAUUUAAGGAAGAGCUUGGCAGUGGUGCUUUUGGAACCGUUUAUAAAGGAGUUUUAGCAAAUGAGAACAAUAAACUUGUUGCAGUCAAGAAGUUAAACAAGGCUGUAAGCGAAGGUGAGGAAGAAUUUAAAGCAGAAAUGACUGCAAUUGGGCGAACAAAUCACAAGAACUUAAUGGAGCUGCUGGGAUUCUGCAAAGAGGGGCAACACCGCCUUCUCGUCUAUGAAUACAUGAGCAAUGGCUCUUUAUCAGAUUUAUUGUUUGAAGACUCAAAGCUCAAUUGGUACAAAAGGAUGCAGAUUGCUUUUGGAAUUGCCAGAGGCUUGUAUUACUUGCACGAAGAGUGCAUCAAUCCGAUCAUACAUUGUGACAUAAAGCCUCAAAACAUUCUCCUCGACAACUAUCUAACAGCAAGGAUAUCUGAUUUUGGGCUGGCCAAGCUGUUGAAAGUAUGCCAGACUCACACCACAACAAAAAUAAGGGGAACCAAAGGCUAUGUUGCCCCUGAAUGGUUCAAGAACCUGCCUGUCACAUCUAAAGUUGAUGUUUACAGCUUUGGAAUUCUGCUGCUGGAGCUUGUUUGCAGCAGAAGAAAAUUUGAUAUAAAUGCAGAGGAAGAAUGUCAAAUUGUACUUGCAGAUUGGGCAUAUGAUUGCUUUAAAGAAGGGAGAUUGGACUUGUUAGUGGAGAAAGAUGAAGAAGUCAUGGAAGACAUGAAGACGGUAGAGAAAUUUGUGAUGAUCUCAAUCUGGUGCAUUCAGGAGGAUCCAUCAUUGAGACCAACCAUGAAGAAAGUUGCUCAGAUGAUGGAAGGUGCUGUUGAAGUCUCUAUUCCUCCAGAUCCAAACUCAUUUAUCAGUUCAAUAUAAAUGUGCAUAAUGCAUGUUGAAUUGACAAUAAAGUCUAUCUGAUCAGCCAGAUAAGGCAGGCAAUUGUGUGAUCGACCAUGUAAACUGUUCUCACAUAUACAAAUUUUCAGAACUCUCAGCAUGAAUUACAAUAAACUAUGUCUUCAUUUCAUUCUCCAACUUAUUGUUCACAAACUCAUUUCAUGAGCAGCGAAAAUGAUGAGGUUGCCACAAAAGGAAAUAAGUUGUAACACAUGGACAAAUCUCACAUUUAUAAAGUAUGACAAAUAUGUUGAG